AUGACGAUCGAAACGGCUCAGAACCAGGUGCCCCUAGGCAUGAUGGCCAAGGGAGCCUCCACUUCUCCCAUCUCCACUACUUUUGAUGUGCUGAGUCGAUACUACCUCUUCACCGAUAGCCAUCAGAGGGCUUGGUGGGAGAAGACUGGCCGCCUGUUCGACAAAAUUCUUGCCUCGGCGGGCUAUAACCCUGCCCGCCGCCUGGAGGCUCUCACGUUUUACAGUCAAGUCUUGAUUCCACAGCUGGGCCCCUACCCAUAUGAAUUUCACAGCGCAAUUACCCGGAGCGGGCUCCCCGUGGAGUUCAGCGUUAACUACCAGCAAAAAGGAGACGUUGACCCGGUAGUUCGCAUUGGAUUCGAACCCGUCACCGCAGCGUCUGGGACGGAACAAGACCCCUACAACCAAAAGCCACCGGUCGAUCUCUUGAACCAAUUGGAAAAGCUCAACAUCUCCGGGUUUGACCCUGAGCUGUUCCGAUACUUCUUGGACGCACAUACCGUCAACACCCACGAAAGAGGGCUGCUGAAGGAAAAGAAGAUCGAAGGGAGCAACCUGACCUCCCAGGCCGCUUUCGGGUUUGACAUGAAGGAGAAGACCAUCUCCGUCAAGGGGUACACAUUCCCCGCUAUCAAAUGCACUGUCAACGAGAAGGGGUUCGGAAACUUCAUAGCCGAAUCAAUGCAACCCCUCGCGGCGCGGAUGGGCCCCAUCCCCUCGUUCGAUAUGGUGCACGCUUACUUGGAAGAGACCAACGGCUACAGCCAAUUUGCUUUCUGGUCCUUUGAUUGUGUCGACCCUGCCCAAUCACGCCUCAAACUCUAUAGCUCCCAUAACAGCGUCGUCUGGUCCAAGGUAGAGGAGAUCUGGACCCUCGGUGGGCGGGCUAAGUCUCCUGUCGUUCAACAAGGAUUGGAGUACUUGAAGGAGCUUUGGCAAUUGACCAAGCUGUCUGAGGGGGAUCGUGACUUUAAUGGUGGCUUUGACGACGGCAAAGUCUCCACCAGCAGCCCGAUGGUGUGGAAUUACGAGAUGAAGAAGGGCGAGGCCAGUCCACUCACAAAGUUUUACUUUCCCAUCCACGGAGAGAGUGAUUACAAUGUUAUCACUGGCUUGGCGAAGUUUUUGUCUCGUAUCGGGCUUUCCAAAUACGGUGAUAACUACGAGGAAACAGUGCAGCACUAUUUGUAUAUCAUCCCUCCCCCUUUUCCUUCUCCCACUUAA